CCUUUAUUUUCACCUAAUGUUGGACACGGAUACGAUCCAGAUAAUGUGCACUGACGUUUUCACACUACAACUUUUACACACGGUGUCGAUCUGGAUAUGGCGCUUUAUCCGUGUCGAAACCAACCCUACCCUGCCUGCUGGAGUGGUGGCGCCAUACGGAAACUUUUCCCAACUCGGUGGUGGCUUGGUAGUUCGGCGAGUAGGCUGGUGGUGUACAGCGCUUGGUGGUCGAGUGACCAAAAGAUAAAGCGUUGAGCGUUAUUGAGAAGUCAAAAACGUGCGAUGCGGCAGAAAAACAACACGAUGCUUUGAAGUAUUUAGUGGAGGCUUUGGUGUCAGUUAACGAUAUACAAGAGAGAGAGGAAUGUCUCGAAAGGAUUCUUGAGACAGUCCAGAAACAACCCUUGACAUCAUCACUUGUAUCCAUGGAGAUUCUGAAAGCAGCAGUGGAUGAAUGUAACGAGGGUGAAAAGGAAGAGAACGAGAGGGCGUUUGCCGUCAUUGACGCUUUCUCCAUUCCAAGGUUUACCUACAAUCAAGACAGGAAAAAAUUCAUCAAGAAUGAAUCGGUGCCCUGUAUACAUGCUGAUGCCCAGGCCAAAGCAGACUUAUUCCGAGAUCGUUACAGUCUUCUACUUCAGAGAACAUCUCGGCACAGCCUCUUCACUCCUCCGAUACCUGGGGCUGCAACAGACCCGUCCAUCAGGAAGUUUCAGCUGAAAUCAGUGGAGUUUCUACUUGGAAGCACUGCCAAGCUUGGUGAAAUCAUCGUAUUGGGCAUGCUCACUCAACUCAAAGAGGGCAAGUUCUUCUUGGAAGAUCCAACAGGAGCAGUGCAGCUUGACCUCAGUGAGGCACAGUUCCACACAGGUCUGUUUACAGAGAACUGUUUUGUGUUAGCGGAGGGCUGGUAUGAGGAUAAAGUAUUCCACAUCAACGCAUUCGGUUUUCCUCCACCUGAACUGGCUGAAUCCACAAGAAGCUACUUCGGUAGCAUGAACUUCUUUGGUGGGCCGUCUCCAACCUGUGCCAAGGCAUCCACCAAGCUCCAAGCAAUCGAGAAAGACAAUGAAGAGGCCAUGUUUGUCUUUCUGUCUGACAUUUGGCUUGACCAACUCAAAGUCCGAGAGAAGUUAAACGUUCUCUUUAGCGGCUAUGCAGAGAUGCCUCCGACCUGUUUUGUUUUCUGUGGGAAUUUUACAUCUAAGCCCUAUGGAAGCAGUCAUGUUAAAACACUCAAAGACUCUUUCCAGGCUCUUGCUGAAAUGUUAUCUGAGUAUCCCAGCCUGCUAGAGGGCAGCAAAUUCCUCUUUGUACCUGGCCCUCAAGACCCAGGACCAGGAGCCAUUCUGCCUAGGCCUCCCAUACCAGCUGUUAUUACUGAGGAGAUACGACGACGGGUUCCAUCAGCGAUAUUCACAACAAACCCAUGCAGGAUACAGUAUUGUACUCAAGAGAUUGUGGUAUUCCGAGAGGACAUUGUAAUGAAGAUGUGCAGGAACUGCAUCCGAUUCCCGGACAAUAGCUCAGAGAUUCCCAACCAUUUUGUUAAGACGGUAGUUUGCCAGUCCCAUCUCUGCCCUCUUCCUCUACAUGCCUCACCAAUCUACUGGUCCUAUGACAAUGCCAUGAGGUUGUAUCCAUUACCUGACUUAGUUGUCUUUGGUGAUAAGUACGACCCAUUUACCAUCAGUAAUGCCAACUGCAAAUGCACCAAUACGGGCUCAUUCUCAAAGAGUGGUUAUGGCUUCAAAGUUUACUACCCUCACACAAAGGAAAUUGAAGACAGCAAAAUUGAAGAUGAAUGAAAAACCUGACAAGCCCAGAGCAGCGUGUGGACUGCAAAUUGACUCCAAGUCAAUAGAUGGCAAAAU